CCCAUGGGGUAUGGUUACCAGGCCAUGAUGGAAGGGCGCUCUUUAGUUUCUCCGAUGGCACGUUUGACAUGCGAAGAGUGGAAGAUGGCCCGGCGCUGCGAACAGAGGGCAGGAUAUUUCUGGAAACAACUGUCAGUAGCCCACACGCUGUCCCUCUUACUAUUUCUGGUCCGAGCUCUCUUGUAGCACAGUUGUGCUUCAAACAUGGCGAGGAUACAGGGCGAGCUCUUCUGUGAAAUCGGCCAGGGCCGGGGGAUUCGGUGCAAUAAGAAGGGUUCCUCGGGGAUCGAACCGGGGACACUGAUUGUGAAGGAGGAGCCGUACUCUUAUACAUUGACUGACGGGGAGUUGCUGCGCACUCGAUGUCACUACUGUUUGAAAAGACUAGAAACUUCUGUCAGUUGUGACGCCUGCCGGACAGCUAAAUAUUGCAACGAGGAGUGCAAGAAAACAGCCAAGUUCCACCACACUCCCGAGUGUCGCGGGUACAGCCGUCUGAUGAACCUGCCUGAACACCUGCGAGUCAUGGGCCGGAUCCUGUAUAAAAUGCAUGCUAGAAAGACGGACAUGGGGGCACUGGGGCCACUGAGCAGUCUGGUCUCGAAUGUCGAGACAUUAAAGAAUUGUGAGGAAGGAAUCACGAGCCUCGACUCUAAAAUGGAGUGCCUGUCUCAGCACAUGGAGAAAGAAGCAUUACCAGAUCGGGCCUUUAUGGAGGAGAUCUACGGCAAAAUCGCGUCAAACAGCUUUGCGAUCCUGGACGAGAACAUGUGCUCAAUAGGGAUUGGAGUAUAUCCACAGGCCUCCAUGAUCAACCACAGCUGCAAAUCCAACUGUAUCGGCAUGUUCUACGGACCGCAGAUACAGAUCCGGGCUAAUGAAUUCAUCCGGCCUGGAGAACAGAUAUUCCAUGGCUACAUUCCGCCCCUGCUGCCCACCGCGAAGAGACAAGAGAAGCUUCUCAAAACCUACCACUUCCUCUGCCAGUGUGCAGACUGUCGGAACACAGAACGUGAUCGGCUGAUGCGGUGCGUUAAGUGUCCCGACUGCUCCGAAGGGGUAGCUCCGAAUGCAGGUAGUCUAUGUACUGUAGUUUGUCUUUCAUCUGAGACUAUAAUAAAGUCCACAUUUCGCUCCACAGAUGGGGUGUUUAAAACGUGCGAGUCUUGCGGGUUUGCCAACUUUGACGCUGACUUCUACGAAGAGAUGGAUAUUCUCAUCGAGUAUGCCGACAACAUCCUAGACAAGGAACAGGCAGAGGAUAUCCUUUUCACAAUUAGUUUGUCCAAAUAG